AUGAAGUCGAUACUGGUCGCCUCCACCCUGUUAUCCGACGAGAAAUACAAAAGCGGCUUCACUUCCACGAAGAUUUCUUGCAGCGGACAAGAAUCCUGUGUGUUGCAUGUUGAUCAAGCAGUCGUGUAUGUUGCAUGAUCUUCUACUGCGCUGUGUAAGUAAAGCAGUUUUUUCUCCCGAUACCGACUCUCCUCGAUCGAGGCCUUCAAAAUCCAGAACCAGCGGGUCAGCGGAAUCGAAGGUAUACUGAUGAAAUUUGUAUUGUUACCUCAUUUUAAGUCACAGGAACUUUUUCAUUUAGCUUUCCUGCUUGAUGAUCAAGCAUCUUCUUGGUUCCGCAAUGUGAAUCAAUUACUAGCUGUACUAAAAUUUUCUUUACCAGGUUCCGGUCCGCUGCAGUCUGUGCAGCUGUCGUUGCACGUGAACGCCCGCAAAUCACCCACCGGCGACAUCAAAAAGUACUUACUUCUUUCAAUUUCUGUUGUGAAUCUGAAGCAGAACCUUGCACGCCCCACCUAGACGAGUGAUAUGAAGAUCUUUUGUUUAUUGUAGGCAAAAAUGGAGAUCUACCUGUGCGAAAUGUGAUUUGAAUACACGAGCAUAUGUUAUGAUUGUAACCGGAGGCGAGGAUAGUGAAUCAGAACUGAAAAUGAAUGAUUUUCAGGGCGAUUGCGUUGCUGCAGCGAGAUGACAAGAAGUUCAAGGUGGAUCACAAGGACGCAGAAAAGGAUAUCGUAUUUAAGAAUGUCCCCACCUUAUAGUUGUAAUGCAAAUCAGCAUGCUGAAAAUGUUUCUCAUACGGCGCCGCACGAGAAGCAUUUUCUAGUCGUGUUUUGGAAUUUGUCAUGCUCCAAAUAGCAUGACUUACUAGAUCUGUGAUGCUGCUGAACUACCUCAAACAGCACUACACUACGAGUCCAAAUUUGUCAUGCCAAACAGCCAAGGCUUGUGCGUGGAUUUGUGUAGCCGAUUCCUCAUCGUGACUAUCGGAUUGGGACGUUUUUACAUACAAUAAAGGACGAGGAGGCAGCGUCCGACGAGGACACCGAGGCCGCGCUGUUGCAGGAAGACGCCGAGACCGACUUGUCCGCGUUUCAAGAUCCCAACAGCACGGCUGCCGGUAAUUCUACGGGCACGACUGCCGGUAACACGACUGCAGCAGCCGGCGAUGAUUCCAGCAGUCUCCAGACCUUGAUCAACGUAUUUGUUUUUUUUGUCAAUUUGGGUCUUUUAGACAAUUACCUUGAUUUCGGGCACGAAUAUCUGCAACAUAUCAAUAAACCAGCUAGUUAGGAGCCAAUCUUUCGUUGUGGUGCAGAAGCAACUGCAACGGGCACUCCGUAGAAAUAGCCGGGAACACGACGAACUGCCGUUCUGUUUAUCUGUCGGGGCGGUUCGUGCUUGGGUACAAGCGCAGCUGCGAGCACGGUGAAUGAUAUUUAUCAUCCAGUGGUGAUGCAUAGUGGGCCACUGCCCUGCUCGUACCGCAAAUGCGGGCCCGCUAAAAGAUUGCAUGAGACGCGUCUACUGCUUGGAAGACAACGGCAGGCGCGUCUUUUGUAUUCAAGCCGACGCAGGGCGGCUCUUGUUAUGUAGGCGCCCAAUAGUUCCUUGCACUUUACACUGCACCCAAAAGAAAAUGCUGCUGAUUGUUCUGCGAAUCGGAAAGUGGGCGUUUUUGGGUUUCAGAAGCGCCCUUCCAUGUUACGCGUUUGCCGGACGCGAUUGGCACGCGUGCGAAGCGGUCUUGAAAAUCUGGCCAAAGAGGAAAGGCGACUGCUCCAAAGACAGCAGCUCCAAACGAGCGGCCUCCAGUGCCUCGGUAGCACCGACUAAUGCAAGGUUGGAGGUUGUUGCUGCGUGCUACAACGUCCUCGAGGAGGGAACAGCUGAAGCAAGGGGAAAAGGCUGGCUUUGGAGUCAGGUGCCGUCAGCGGCAGUGUACAACUACACUCUUGACAAAUUUAGAAUGCAGUCCUUUCUUUAUCAAUUGCCUGCGCGGAGUAUUGUACUUGCAGCGCAUAUUAUUAAGAACAAGAUCUGCGGUGCGAUUCAUUUUGUGUUUUUCGGAUGCUUUCCAACUACUCUUACCACAGGAUGUGAUCACGAAGACCUUCGGCGACCACUUUGGGCCCAACGGGGUGACGAUCGACGUCGUGUGUGACCCGAUGACGGGCGACCAACAGGGCUACCAGUGUAUGCCAGGGGAAAAAGCCGGCUUGUCAUCUUUACAUCCUUGCAGAGGGUUAGCAACAGUAAACAAAAUCAAAAUUUGUGCGUCCCAUAAAGAAAAUCACGUCCCAAAACCUCUAGCGAUCCUCCCCUAUGCUAGCAAGAUGAUGAUGAUGAUGGUGCGUGCGCUGAAUUUCUUGUGAGAAACUCGCGACAUGAGAUUUUGCUUGCAUCACGUGCCACGGUGUAUAAGCCAAUGUGCAACACGCGAUGUUAGUUUUCGAUUUUGUAGUGCGGUUUUAUUAAAGGGACGGAUCGAGUUUCUACAGGGCGAAAGCGUGCGUAGUUAUCAAAGUUCUGUUUAGCGUGAGAUAUGAAAGCAUCUAAAUUAAAAGAAGGGAUAUGUUUUGUACUACGGGGACGUGUGUCGAGGUACACCUGUACUUCACCGACGUAGCAAGAUGGCAGGCUAGCUCUUUUCCGUGGUAUAACACGCACGGUGCAAGUGACCGGUUUCGGCAUCGACGCGAGCAAGUACAUGCUUCGUUCUUCUAGAUGAUGUGAGAUCUGUAAUGCAUCACUACGAAUGAUUGGCAAUUCCAAUUUCUUUGUCGGAAGAUUGGAAGCCAGUUUGUGAUGCGUUUGGGCUUUUGCGAAUGAGCCUUUUGGUACGAAGAAAAACAAGCAUUAACAAAUGAAGGUUCUCCGAUGCCUCCAUGGCCACCCUCCGCGACCUACCCGACGGAAGAAAGCCUUGCCGCUCCCAGAGUUGCAGCAGAAAGAAACCUUUGGGGAUCUGCGAUGUCGAAAUGCAAAUGUGAUUUUUUUUUUCAUGCGGAAAUGAAGCAUGUGCAUGCUUUCGCUUCGAAAAUCGCGCAGGUCGCAAAACUAAUCUGUGUUGAGUGUACUAUCCAAAAGUACGUGAAAACAGUUGCAUGAAAGAGACAGACAGCAGCUCUGGGAGAGCAGGGCCGCUUUGCUGCUGGAUACGACAACUUGGAGAAAGCCUUGCAUAUCCAGGAGAACUAAAAAAACUUCGUCACUGUAACUUUUGGUAUGGUCAUGGAAUUUUGAUUUUGAAAAAACAGCAUGUGUUGUAUCUUCUUGCCUGGCAUUACAAGCUGUACCUGCGUUAAAGGAGAUGGUGUAUGCCCGAAUACAAAAAGUUACAAGAUGGCGGGGAGUUAUUUUCUCAGCAUACCACAGUCGAACUCCGCACUGGCGUCCACCAACGUGUCGCCCAUUGUGGUCGCGAGCAGCGGUAUAAAGGAUUUUGUUUCACAUGUAGAACGAUGCGUCUAGUAGUGCUGCUUUUGUACUACUUCAUCAGACCGGUUUCUAGCAGAAAUUUUGUGUACAACUGUCUACGGCGCGACGGCUUUCAUGUAAGUAAAGGGUGCCAACAUCAUCCAUGGCACAACUUAAAAAAGGUGAUGAAGCCACGACGGCGGCGCCAGCUGCUGCUGCUGAUGCAAACGCCACUACAGCUGCCCCGGACGCAGGGAACGCAACUGCCACUACGCUUGGUGAAAAGUGCUGCGUCGUAGUUUUUAGGACAACUGAGAAAUGCAUAGUAUUUCCGAAAUAAAUCAAGCGCCGCUGGUACUCGCGUGUAGGGUAGACCCCUUGCAAAGUCGUGCUGCUUCAGUAAGUAUGCUGCGUGCUAUGCUUCAGUAAGUAUGAUGCUGAUGUGUCAGGAGUGCAACAAUUUCGUUUGGGGUAAGUACCACCAAUCGUCCUCAGCUGUAGUGCUAUUAAAAAUGCCGAGACAUGGGACACUUCUCACCUGCAUAAAGUCCGGCAACGGAACCAUGCUGUUGCAGGAGGAGGGCGAGGAAGACGAGGGAGAGAUGGCCUACUACUAGAUUUCCAAGACCAGGAUCGCGGACGAGCAGAACACGAGAACAACGAUGUCAACAAGAAAAGCCAGUCGUUCGGCCCACGAUUUGACAACAACUCUGUCACGCUGCUGAAAAGAGAACACUGGUGCGAUCCUGUGAGAAAAGAAACAUCACGGCAAGGCGUAUCCCGCGUAAAAUGUGCCUCCAGUUGUAGUUCUGACUUGUCAUGCAGCAUUCAAAUUAGCGGCAGUUCUAGUCGUAUACCGUCGUGCUUGUCAUUCGCAAUGCUGACGGCUCUGCGUUCCACAGGUCGCCGUGCAUUAUCACUUCUAGCCUUGUGUUGCAGACGAGUUGCUAACUUGACUGAGGUCGAAAAUGUUUGCAAGUGUAGACUACAGGAUGGGAAGCUUUUUGCGCUGCAUUCACGGAGAAGUUUCACAGUGUCGAGGCGCGAACAGAAGGUACACGCCUUUUGACAUUUUUUAUGCAUUGUAAAGAAAAUUAUCGAGAUCUGGGACCUGGUCUUCUGGAAAAUAAGGCUUGCAUGUGACUAUUUGCAUGGAAUUUUUUUGUUCGCAAAAACAGUAAGAAUUAAUUCGUCAUGCAAAGAGAAAGACGGAAACCGAGAUACUUUGCAACAAGACGCGUCUCUACCAACCAACCUUUUCCUAAACACCACACUCAAGCUCUGGCAGAAAUUCCAGCUUCCCAGCAUGCCCAGAUGGUUUGUUUUCGAUCCAUAAAAGCGAGCAGAAUGUGAAGCAGCUGCGUCAGUUUUGAAGACACGAUAAAGUUUGCUACAACAAUACAAUUUUCAACUUAUCACAACAUUCUUGCAACACAAAUCUAGUAGGUAGUUUCAACAAGCGGUAGUGGGUGCAGUGGUACUCGUUUUAUUGCCUGGAUUUGCUGUAUCCAAUUCCCACACUUGCCGUCGUCUUUCGCAGUAGAGCACUUCUUCGAAAAAAUGAAUCUUUACAAGAAUUAGAAUUUCUAGUGUUGGGCCGCCUUCUUCGUGCAGCAGGCGAGAAUUGCUGCUCGGAGAGGUGGUUCUCAGCACAAAAACUUUGACUUUUUUGUCGCCGGUACAGGCUUCAGAUUCGAUUUCAAAGAUUGUCACUCCUUCUACUGUAAAAUGUUUCCGAAAGAAUAAGCACUGUGAAGAAGCGAAGUUGCCUGCGGGAGACUACCUUAUUAUAUGCACAGUAACAAUUUCAAUCAAGUCAGUUUACGUUACUUUUGCGAAAUACAGCAACAGAUUCUCGUUUAGUUUUUAUCACAACAAAUUUAACUAUUAUCUAGAAAUAAUCACUUUUUACCACACCAGAAAUUUUACGGAUUCGAAGAAUUCGCAUAGCAACUUCUAAUGCCUGUUACAAUACGAACACAUGCACAAUCUGAUCAUCCGAAGCAGAAACACUUCAUACCAAGUAUGAAACCCAUAAUGCACGCGGACAAGAAGACAAAACUUUUGCGGUUGGUGACCGCGUGUUAUUUUCGUACCACCCCGCACGUAGGAUUACGGCUCAUUGCCUUGCUGUGUCGCAUACUUCUGAUUGUCGCCAUUCCCAGCGUCAGCC